GUUCUGGAUAGAAAUGCAAAAUUCCUUCGCUUCUCUGGUGGCAAUGAAAACUGUACAAAAGCAAAUGACAUGUUCUAUUGCUCAAAAAUGAUCUACGUUUGUGAAACCAAUCUCAGCUACGUGUAUUUAGAUUCUGACAGAGUGCAUAGACAAUGUGUGACAGCUAGGAGAGAAUGUGACGGAAUAAGUGCACUUACCCUUGACGUGCUUCUUAACUGCACUAAACACCUCAACGCAACUCUGAGGUACGAUAAAUCCGAGAUAUGUAAGGAAUAUCCAGAUGUGGAAAAUAAAAUAUGCCCCAAGCGGAAUUAUAAGGUUCCAGAAUUCGUCAAUAUUACGUCAUUUGUAGCAGAGCAGGGAAAAUUACAAAGGAUGAUACAAGAAAACAACGUGACCAGUAAUUGCAGCUUUCACGUCCUCAACGCCGCAUGUUACGGUGGUUUUCCAGCCUGUACGAGAGAUGAGGCGUAUGCAGUGUCAUUGCUUGGUAAAGGGUUUUGCCUCAAAGUCAUGAAAUGUUUAGAACAUGCAAACAAUACCAAUCUCACAAACUUUGCAACGAAUCUUUGUCAGAAGCUCCCUGAUGAAGACACAGCCAAAAAUAUCUCAAUCAAAGACAUAGAAAUUCCUUUGGUAAAAACCUCGAAAUCGCCACCAUUUACCAUCGCCGAUUUGGGAACCAGCAUAACUGUUCCAAGCUCAAAACCAAGUCAAACCCACACAAAGAUGAGAUUUUUGACGGCCAGCACAACAGCGGAAAACAACAAGACCACUACAAAAGCACCAUGCUGUGGGGCAUCAAGCUUGCAUACAUUGGGUCUCACUGCUAUCGUUUGGUUAAUCUCAGCAAGUUUUGUAAUCUAAAUUUACACCAAAAAUAACUUGAUAGGUAAAAAGAAUUGUAAUACGCAGCAUCAGAGUUUGUAUGGGGGUCUGGGAAACCUCUCCCAGAAACGUUUCUGUAAUGUUAGGUCUCUCUGAUUUGAUUUCCUGCAUUAUGGGGGAUACUUACUGGAGUGAGGUU